GACGAGAGUGGUACGUUCGCGAUCGAGAACUUGCAUCUAAUAAACAUACGCAAAUUUAGCAUUUUGAAACCAGGUCGAGUGAUCUAGGACAUUCGGAGUGAAGCAGCAUGGAUGUUCCGGUGGAUGCUCAAGAGGUAGCGCUUCCGCCUAUCGAAUCGUUCAAGAACUGCCAGUACCAUGUGCGUGUUAGCGGAACGACGGCGAUGGACAAACGGGUUAUGUCCUUUGUGGACAAUCUGUGGGGGUUUGAAGUGACCGGAGGAAUCGAUCAGUACGAACCGUUGACAGUUAUUUCGGUUAAACGGGAAGGUUUGGCAAGGCGGGCAGGUAUCCGAGUAAACGAUACGAUCACGAAGAUCAACGACACGCCCGCAGACAAACUGACCCUGGCUCAGGCACAAGAGCUGAUAGCAGAAUCUGGAAGGACCGUGAAAAUUUUCGUGAGCGGGGAGGUCGAGGAAGAUAGCGAAGAUGAGAUGACCGUUGAUUUUUGGUUCAAACCAUAUGGUUUCUUCUCCUCAGUAAGUGAAGCUGAUCGUGCUAUGCUGGACUGGGAGGCACGCAUGCGAGCUAAUCGUAACCCCGGAAAAUGGAAUGGCGUCUGGCCGUGGAAUGAUCGCAAGAAAAUUAUUUACAAGGAAUCGAACUGCUACAAGGUGCCAAGUACAACCGAGGAAAAGCGAGACCGAGAACUCAAGCUACGGGUAACUGAAGCCGAAUAUCAGACUCAUCUGGAGAAGGAAAAGGCCGAAGCUGAUCGGAAGGCGGAAGAACAACGUCUGGAGGAAGCCAAGCAAGCGGAAGCAGAACGCCUAAUCGAGGAGGAAGCUUUCUUUGCCAAAAUCGAAGCUGAACAGAAACGAUUACAAGAGCAAGGGGCUGCCCCAGCCGAAGAGACUGACCAGUACAUCGAAGAGCUUAUGCUCCAGGAAGAGCUGUUAGCUGAAGAGGAGGUAAGCACAGAGCUACUUUGAGCGAGAAUGGACGGACAAAGAUGUAUUUCUCUAGACUUAAGUUAAGGCAAGUUAAGCAACCCAAUGGCAUAUUAAUACGAUGUGAUGUCAAUAGAACAAACUUUCAUAUUU